UAUGGAGAAUUUUAUUGGCCUGAUGGCAGAGUGUACAAAGGAUAUUGGUCUAAUGGAUUUUAGCAUGGAGAAGGCAUCUAUAUUGACAGAUUUGGAAGAGAGAUUUCAGGAGAAUGGUUUGAAGGAUAGAGAAGAUGAAAAUAUAUAUCGUACUACUUUUGAUUUAAGUAAAAGAUCAAAGUAUUUUUAUUAUUUCGAGAGAUCUCUAAUAAAUAAUCAGUUAUUUUUUAUUCUUUUUUUCCAUAUAAUUUCAUAAUCUUUAGUAUUUUCAAACAUCUCCUUAGCAUCCUGAUAAUUUGAUUUUAUUGUAAAAAACCAAAAUCUAAGAAAAGGAUUUUCUAAGAAUAAGAAUAAUUAUUUUAAUUAUAUCAAUAUUGAAUCAUAAGAUUUUAGAUUCUGGGAUAAUAAUAAUAUUAUUAAACAACUUUAGAUAUUGUAAGUAUGCACAAGAAGCUAAAUUGAAAAAGAUUUUGGCCAAACAGGGAAAUCUUCAUUAUAUAACAGCUUAAUCCUAUAAAAAUAUCCUGAUAAGAUGGCAUAUCUGGGAUUCAAGAAACCCUCGAAAAUAAAGGUUUAAAUAUUAGAAUGGCUUCAUAUCAAGAUUGAAGUUGAAUUGCAGGAUAUUCUUUCUAAAAAGUACUAUAAAUCAAUUAUAAGUAGAUUUAAUAAAUUUACAAAAGAUCUGA